AUAAAUUAGAAAAAUAUGUUCUAAUUUUUAUAGUUUGAUACUUUAAUUGUUAUUAUGGAUCUGUUUUUCUGUGAAUCUUUUUGUUUCAGAUCAGCGUUUGAAAUUCUAAAUGUUGAAACUUUUGUUGGGGAUCUUCACUUAUUGGGAUGUUUAAGAUUUUUGAAAUUUAUAUUAUUCAUUUGCUUCGUGGGUUUUGGUAGUUAUUGUUUUAGAUCCGUUUGAUUUCCGUUUUUACUUUGAUGGAUUCACAUUUUGUAGUAUUUGCAUGAGAAAUAGUGGGAAUCUUCUUUCUGCAGUUUGUUACCUAUUUUCUCAAGUUUAAUUUUCAUUGCUUAUUAUCACAUGAGCCUUCUGGAAUUUUAUGUAACUUCAAUCAAUGGUUGUAUUUUCUAAUAAUGGGUCUGUAUGAUUUGAUCUCUUGUAUUAAUUGUAUAUGAUUAGAGAAAUUUGGUGACUUGGUCUGCUUCAAUUUGAGUUCCUGCGCUCACUGUAGUUGCUGCAUGGUUUCUAUGGACAUUUUGUUAUUUUUAUCAAUCAUAAAUGCAAUACCUAUUAUUGUUAACUUGGAUUAUGGAAAGGACUUAAUGAAUUCGGAGUUAUCUGUAGCUAUAUGGACGACGGAGUAUUGAACACGAGGAAUUGGGGUUAUUAUGAACCUUCCCUUGGCCUUAAAGGGCAUCUCGGUCUUCAGCUCAUGCCAUCUGUGGCCGAACGAGACACUAAACCUUUCCUUACAGGACGUGAUACUCCUGUUAUGGUUGCAGCGAAUGGGGCAUUUUAUCCACGGGAUUGCAUGGUUACAGAACCACCUGUCACACAUAUGGAUUAUGUUAGAGACAGCUGGAUAAACCAUAGAGAUAAGUUCUUACACAUGUUUCCGGGGAAUCUUUAUAACCCAGUGCUCAUGGAAACUUCGGGAAAUCAUCAUUCCAUGCAGAUGCUUGAACAACCUGAUUCAACCAAAGACUCAAGGGUGAGUGUAGAGGAUCCAAGUGUUAAUAAGGAAGAUGAAAUCCCUUCCAAGAAGAGAUCCGCAGCUGCUGCCUCUCCAAAAACCCCCAAGGCAAAAAAAUCAAAGAAAGGUCUUUCUUUGCCUAAGGAAACUGGUAACUCCUCUGUUCAGCGUGCCAAAACAUCAAAGAAGAAUCUUGACAUUGUAAUAAAUGGAGUUGAUAUGGAUAUUUCUGGUAUUCCAAUUCCUGUUUGCUCAUGUACCGGCACUCUGCAGCAAUGUUAUCGAUGGGGAUGUGGUGGUUGGCAGUCAGCCUGUUGCACCACAACCCUAUCAAUGUAUCCCCUACCAAUGAGUACCAAAAGACGUGGAGCAAGAAUUGCUGGACGGAAGAUGAGUCAAGGUGCUUUCAAGAAGGUUCUGGAGAAACUCGCAUCGGAAGGCUAUAACUUUGUUAACCCGAUUGAUCUAAAGGCUUACUGGGCAAAACAUGGUACCAACAAGUUUGUGACCAUCAGGUAGAUCUAUUUUGUGGGUACCACGACUCGAUUGCUGCUGCUUUUGGUCUGUUUUACAUGUAUAUAUUCGGUGGCCUUCUGCAGGUUUACUUGGUACUUUGUAGUUUAUUAAAUUUCACUGAUGAUCCAUGAUUUUAAAUUUAAGGAAUUUGGGGCUCUCAAAAAUUGUUGCUUAAUUUUGUUUCGAGUCUGACAAUGUUUCUGGCGAUCAGGUAUAUCCAUGGUAACUUCCAUUUUACUUCAUGGAUAAAUUUGGAAAUGUCUUUUGUGAUAAUUCUUUCUCAUGUAUGACAUUGCUGAUACGAGUUACUUAUUUUGAUUGGA